AUGAGUCCACACGAAUGCCACAUGAGUCCAUAUGAGUCCCACAUGAGCCCAGAUGAGGUUCUGGAGCUACUGCGGGGCGCGCCGUUGGAACUCGAGAUUUGUUGCGCAGCUCGCCUCCGAGGUUGUGCUUUUGGUGCAAACUGCGGAGGUGAUGGGCUGGAAGCAGUUCUGGCAGGUUGCGUCAGCAGCCGUGCGAUACUGAUGGUGCACUGCUGGUGCACCGAUGGUCGCGGUGUGAGCUCAGAGGAUUUUGACAUCUCCUUUGUCCUGAAUGUCGCCGCCCAACUGCGAGAUUGCUUCUGUAUGGAGGACCGUUUGGGAAGCAGUGGUCCUCCCGAGAUCGAUCAGUUCGGUAAGAAAUGCCGGUAA